ACCACCAUAAGAGGCCAUGGCACGAGGAAGAAAGAGAACCCGCUCAUCCUCUUCCAGAAAGGCACCACCUUCAGAAAGAGCUUCUCAGUCACCACAGUCAGAGUCCAGUGACCAGGAUGAACAGACAGAGGACAGUGAACAACAAACAGAGGAAGAACAGGCAGAUGAUGAUUACAUGGCACCAGUGGAGGAUGAUCAACCAUCUCCAAAACCACAAGGACGGCGUAAGAAACGUUACGGAACAAACUUUAACGAGGAGUGGACAAAGAAAUGGCCCUUCGUCACCAGAGGAAGCCUUAAAACAUUGUUCUGGUGUGGCGUGUGCUAUGCGGAAAAGUCAUGUGGUCACAUGGGCAUCUCAGAUGUGCAGCGCCAUAUCAAAUCCAAGUGGCAUCUGAAGAAACAGGCCCUUCAGGAAGCUUCAGGUAUAAUAAAUAGUCCAGUAGUACCCAAAAUUGAAAUUCCUACUACCACGGUUUCCGUAACCCCCAUGGAUGACUUCAUACAAAGGCAGCAGGCCGUUCAGGAGGCUGCGUUGUCACUGCCUGAUUCCCACAUUGAAGGGCUGGGUGAUCAAGAAGCCCAGACAAGGAGAGCAGAGGUGAUGAUGACGGCUGCACUGGUCCAGCACAAUGUACCUCUGACAUUUGCUGACCACCUGGGCUCUGUGUUGAAGGACUGUUUCAGGGACUCAAAAACUGCUCAGAGUUACAAGUGUGCACGCACCAAAAUGGCCUGCAUUUUGAACGAAGUCCUAGCGCCCCAUUUCAAAGAGGAGUUGGUGUCGGUAAUGAGAGAAGGGCCAUUCGCUCUGAUUGCGGAUGGAUCUAACUGUGAAAGAGGAAAGGAGAAGCUAAACCCCUUGACGGUUCGGAUUUUUGACACAAAGUCAAAAAAGAUAGGCCACCGUUUCCUGGGGCUGUGCACAGAAAGUGAUCCAGGAUGUGGGACAGCUGAGGGCUUAUUUGAAAAGAUAGAUGCCACCUUGCAAGAGAACGAAAUUCCCUGGCAGAACUGUGUCGGUGUCUCUAUUGAUAAUACCCAUGUUGACACAGAGGCACAAGACUGCAUUGCUUCCAGAAUCCUGGUGGAAAACCCUACCAUUUACAUUCACGGUUGCCCAUGCAAUGUUGUGCAUAACAUUGCUGAACAAGCGGCGGAAGGCUUUAUGGAGGUGUCCGGCUUUGAUGUGGAAGAGAUGGUUGUUGAUCUGGGCUUCUGGUUCAACAGUAGCUCCAACUGUCACGGAUGCUUAACAGAAUUUGCAGAACUUCACAGAGAGGAGUACAUGGAAAUCCUCCUGCAGAUCUCCGUUCGGUGGCUGAGCCUUGAGCGCUGCAUAAACCGAAUAGUGAAGCUUUAUCAGCCUUUGGCCAGUUUCUUCAAAACUGCAAAUCUGACCCAGGCAAGGAUCAGGCGACUGCAGGAGGCUUUCUCGAACCCGAUGACUGAGGUGCAUCUCCUGUUUUACCAAGCCACCAUUCCAGCAUUCUCCUCCUUGAACUUCCUUCUCCAAAGAGAACAGCCAUCCAUAUAUUUAUUAUAUGAUGAGAUGGUGAACUUUAUCCGCAAACUUUGUGCAAGGUUCAUGGUUCCUGCUGCUCUGCAGAGUCCACAAGAGCCUCACAGCAUUGCCUUCAAAGAAAAGGCAAACCAUCUUCAGGGAGGAAAGUUGAACAUUGGCUUCACUACCAGGGCCAAGCUCAACAGUCUCCUUAAAGAGGGACACAUCACUCCUCAACAUGUGGAGGAGUUCCACACUGCUGCCUUGGCAUUCCUCAUCAAAGCUGUGGACUACACCAUGAAGAUAUUGCCUCUGGAAAACCCGCUGCUCAGACACGCAAAGUUUGCUGAUGUCCGGCAGAGGUUGGAAUGCAGUGUGGACGACGCCCUGUACUUUGUCGACAGGUUUUCCCAUCUGCUGCCCUACACUGGGCCUCAUGAACAUGACCAGCUGACCUCGGAGUUCCUGGAGUAUCAGACGAUGACACUGCCUCCUGAAACAGAACCAGACGGAGGGGACAUGGCACACUUCUGGGCUGAAAUGGCCAAUCACAAACACAAGGUUACUGGCGUCAACAGUUUUCAGAGGCUGGCCAGCAUUGCCAAGCUGGUGCUGGUCCUGCCCCACUCCAAUGCUGACGCAGAGCGGGUGCUCUCUGCAGUGGGCCUCAACAAGACCAAGACCAGGAGCAGCUUGGCACCGGUGGGAACCCUGUCCUCCAUCAUGACGGUCAAGAUGGCAGGCCUGGAGCCCUGCUGGGAGCCCCCACCCGCACUCAUCAAAGCCUCCAAGAAGGCUGCGUCGCACUACAACAAAACCACCCACCCACCCAAGUCAUCUGAACCUGAUGCACAACCCAGUUCAUCUGAACCUGAUGGACAGCCGAAUUCAUCUGAACCUGAUGCACAGCCAAGUUCAAGUUUGCCGAGUUAGGGUUUUUUGUUUGUUUGAUGUUACCUCUAUCAUUCCUCCUCAUCAGUAAUAACCAUCUUGAUAUGUAAUGUUUGGUAAAUUAAUUACGUUCAGCCCAAACACUGUAAAAGUGUUAAAGUAGCUGAAGAAGUCAAAAGUGCCCAAAGGGACAUGCAGUGUUCUAAGCAGCAUAUUAAGCCAUCACUUUGAAACAUUGGAAUUUCCAAUCAGUAGAAGCAGCUCUGUUUGUUUGUUGAAUGCCAAUACUGCCUUCAAUUGGUUCUGGUGGAAAUGUAUCACAGCUCAUUACCACAACGUCAUUAUGCAAAAGAAAGAAAAUACUCUAAUUGUCAGUUACACUGUCUCUUUAUACAAAAUAAAUGUUUGC